CCCCUCCUUCCCGCUACAGGGAAGAUUGUAGUACAACACUGGUGGUGUAACGACAGGAAAUAGUUUGUUCUUUCCUUGUCAUUUAAAGCUUGGUUUUAUUUGGGUGAAGUUUCAGAUAAAAUGUCGUCGUGGGCGAAGUCGUCUGGAGCUGCCCGGCGGCCAAGUGCCAACCCAAACGGAAGUGCUCAGCAGCUGCGUAUGUUUCGGAGAGCAGCGCCUUACCCCCCCAGAGAGGAGAGGGCCGAGGAGCUUAAGGAUGCCCUGGACAGUUAUGAAGAACUAGAGCAAAUUAAAAACUACAGUGGUAGUGUGAAGUUCGAGGGGUUCAAGCAUCAGCCAAAUGCCAAGCCAGCCAAGCCAGCUAAGUCAGAGGGCUCCACUCCAGCAGACAGACGUAAAGCCCUGUAUCAGAAGUUCUACAGACAGGUGCAGGAGGAGAGGAAGCCAGCUGACUGCGUAGUCCUCUCUGUCACCAACCGGUGCAGGGAUUACCCCAAAUCGCUAAGCCAGUGCUUGCAGGAGCGUGGCCUGUCAGUGGAAAUGUUCUACCUUCAGGCGGAGUCGGGCCUGACCCGGGCUCUGCAGGAUAUCCGAGCUGACGGCUCCCCGUUAUGUAUUCUGGUGGAGCAGACAAAUGUAGCUCUGUCCUCCUGCACUGUUAUCAUAUUCUCAGAAUCCCUCAAAAUCCAUCGCAACAUGCCCAAAGACCAGGCCAUGGACUUUGUUGUGGCUGAGUACAGUCGUGGACUUGUCAAAGAGCGCUCUCCGAGGGACCCCUCAGACAGUGCAGCACAGGCGUCACAGCUGCUAGAUGACUUCCUGGAGCGAGAAAAGAUUGAACGCCAUGCUGUUCCCUCUGAAACCCGCCAGCUCAUCUUGUUGUUAGCUGAGGGGGUUCAUCUCUACCCCGAAGAGCUGGAAACCAUCUCAGAGUACGUCCGUUCCCGGCAGGAGCACACACAAGUCUCCAACACUGAGGGGGAGAGGGAUAAUAUGUUACCCCCAGGACUUGGAAAACCGCCUCCUUUGCUCCCCACUCCACCUGGGCCCCCUCAACUUCAGACUGCAGCAGGAGCAGGUGGGCCCAUGAUGGAGCACCACCCACCUCCUGUUCCACUCCUGCCUUCACCAGGCUCUUAUCCCAAAACCAAACCUCCUCCUUUACUCUCCCUACAUCGACCUCCUUGUCCAUCAUUAGGGCCCUCAGCUUUACGAGGCCCCCUGUCAUCACACCUCCCCUACGGCAACCCCCCUGUGCCUCGUGGGCCCUUACUCCAUGUCCCUCCAUACCACCUAGGUCCCAGGGGCCCUCCCCUUAUUAGAGGAGCUCCGCCUACUCUAAAGAGUUCCCGCCCUCCACUUCUCUCUUCUCCAGGUGCCCCUCUUCCCCGACCGGGUGGCCCUCGACACUAAGGAAUGAUGGAGACAUCCACUCACACACACACACACACACACACUGUAACAUGCAGGCUACAAGUGGCAGCAGUGUUUUGAACAUUUCACCUGACUCAAGAACAAAAGACUCCUGGGGCCUGUGUAGGAUACCUGUUCUUUUUAAAAAGUUGUAACCCAACACUCGGAUUUAAAAAAAACUGUUAUAUAAAUUGUUAGAUAUUAUCAUCUGAUUGUGGAUGGAUUAAUGGCAUGGAGUAUUCUAAUGACUGACCAUUUUAGGUAUAUUUUCCAAAUCCCUUUUGUUAUCAUUUUUUUGUAACAUACUGUGCUUUUCACCCUAAGUCAUCUCAAAAAAAAAAAAAAGUUUCCUACUUCCUGUUUGCCUUUCCUUAAUGUUGGAGUAGGCUACAGCGACAGGCCACGCAGGAUAAACAUUAAAAAUCUGAGCUCACUAGCUGAAUGCAGAAAAGAUUCUGGUCACCAAUGGACAGUUGGGUUAUAGUGGUUACACAAUGGUAAUAGGACUUUAUAUUUUUCUGUAUAUAAUGAAUAUAGCAAGUAGCCUACCUGCUGCACAGUGUUUCAAGAUGGUGCUUAAAAAUUAAGAAGGAAUACUCAGAAAUUCUGUUGAUGUAAGAAUUCCAAUUAAAAGUUUGUUUUUAUAAGCUGUA